AUGGACGAAAUUGAAGAUUUUCCGUAUGAAUUCACAAAACCUUUUUACCUAUGUUUCAAUUUACUAAAGAGAUGCAACAUUGGAUUUUUUGACGACAACGUUCCGGUUUUUAAAAAAUAUUGGCGUUUCUUCUUUAUCAUUCCGUUCGUAUUAAUUCACUACAUUUCGGUUUCUGUUUACAUGAGCCGAGUGUUUACAAAUGAGAUAAAAAUAUCAGAGCUGGCUUUCAUGGUUCCUGUUUACUUGAUUUUAACACAAGGAAUCUUAAAAGCCGCAGUCAUUAUAUCAAGAAAAAGAGAUACAGCUGAUUUGAUCAAAGAACUCGGCAGUAUGUGGAGAACAGAUAACCUUAACGAAUACCAAACUAAGAAGAAAAAUAUAUUCUUGAAACGACUAAAUCUUGGUCACGCAGUAUUUUACUGGGGAAGUAUGAUUGCUACGUGGCAAAAUUUGUUAGCACCGUUGGCUUUUACUUUAUUUAAGAAUAUUUUGUAUGAAGACGACACCGAAUUCUUGCUACCCUUAGGAUGUGUGUACCCUUUUGAUCCUGUAAAAAAUUGGAUGCGAUAUAUUGCGAUGUAUGCUUUCCAAGUAUACACAACGUUUCGCUACGUUUACGUCUAUAUAGGCACGGAAUUUGUGAUGAUAACCCUCUGUGCUCACCUCAGCACAGAGUUUGCUUUACUAAGAGAAGACUUGAAACACGUGAAAUCAAGAAAAGAUAAAAUUACACUUAAAAAUGAAAUGAUUAUUAGUGCUGAUAAUUCCGGAAAUUCUUUGAAAAAUGUUAUACGGAAUCACCAAAAAUUAAUUCACUUAACUUGCUCGUUAAAUAACAUAUUUAGCGUAUUAGUCUUCAUAGAUUUGUUAUUUGCUACGGUCAUUAUGUGUUUCUUUGGUUUUGGUGCUACGGUAGCACAUGGCGCUGUGGACAUUGCCAAUAAUUUUAUAGCUGUAUUGGCGCUAUUGCUGCCAAUUUACAUACUCUGCUACUACGCGGAAUUACUAAAAGUUGAGAGUUCAGGAAUAGCUGAAUCGGCGUACGAUAAUGUGUGGUACAACUACGGUACACAUUAUCAGAGAGCAAUUCGAUUUAUUAUCUUAAGGUCACAGCGUCCUUGCUGCCUGACUUCGUUGAACUACGUCCCAAUAACUUUGAACACAUUCACCAAGGUAGUAAGCACGACUUGGUCGUAUUUCUCAUUAGCAAGAAGCUUAUACUCUAAUAACUAA